AUGGAUAGAGUACAGACAUCGGUCGUUUUAUUUGAUUUCCAUUUGGAAGAAUGUUCGACUCUAGAUUUCGGUGAAUGUAUAAUGCGUUGUAUAAUAUAUAAAGCGAAUUAUAAACGUCAUCGCCCAGAAUUACUGCAAAAUGACAUUAGGAGUUUUAUCAGAAGCUCGAUAACAAUGAUCAUUGGUAGUUCACGGGUAACAUAUGGAUAUAUAAAGUCAAUGGAUCUUAAUACGGCUGUUGAUUUGUCACGUACGUAA